AUGUUCUUCUCGAAGUCAGCAGCUCUUGUGCUAGCGCUAGCGACAGGUUUCGCUACUCAAGCAGUUGCAUACCCAUCGUUUCCAGUCGGCAAUAUCGUAGCUCGAUAUCCAAACAAUGCUCCAGCUCUACCCGCUCCUGAGGUCUUCCCUCCCUUAAAGCGGGCAAGCAAGAAGAAAGGAGACGGCAACACCGACGUAAUCAAGAUUACACAGAUCAACAUCAAAGAAAUUCAAAAGGGAAAUAACGUCGCUAUCGUGGAGCAGGUGAAGACGGUCUUGAUAGAGAACAGUUCCAACAAUAAGAAGAAAAACAAGAAGAGAAAGAGCGCCUAUAAGAAGAAAAAUUCUAAGAACACGACCAUACUCAUAGUGGUGCAAAAAGUCGUGAUAGAGAUUGCGGACAACAAGGGCAACAAGGUCCAGGAGCUUAUCUUUGCACAAAGCGAAAUCAUUGCCAAUAAGGGACAGAAGAAGACGGACACUAUCAUGAUCUCCGACGCCUCCAUUCUCAUUGCAAGCAUUGGAGGAGGGGCACAGGGCACGGGCACGGGCACGGGCGCCGCCGCUGCUACCGGGGUCGGCACCGCUGCGGCUGCACAGAUAACGGGCACUGGCGUCGGCAACGCUGCCAACGCGACAGAAGCUGUCACUCUCGCAGAUGUUGCGCCGACGUGGACUUCGAUCGACCCCGAUCCAAUUCAGGCGCUGCUGGCCGAGGCCACCGGCCUCAUCUCAUAGUCGGCCAGACAGUCUAAUCGCUGUCCUUCGCUAGAUCAGACUACGGUUGUCUUCCUUCUCCGCAGAUCCUGGCGUUCUUGGUUAUGUGACAGAUGUUGAUGAGUGUUGGGAAGUGGAGUCGUGGAGGAAACUGUAGACAAGCCAGCUUGUUUUGCCGGAUCUUCGAUGAGAAUUGUAAUCUCGAUACCUUGGGCUUUUCCGUACAUGAGAUGGAAAUAUGGGUCGAAU